ACUAAUCAGGAUGAAGGUGUUUGUAGUGUUAGCUUUGUGCCUAGUGGCAGUGUCUGCCGGUCCAGCAGAGGACCUUUGGUUGCAGUACAACAAACGUAUGCCGGUUCCGUACUACACAAUGAAACCGAUCGAGCGACCUCCGGUCAAUGGUCGUAUUGUUGGAGGCGUCGAUGCGGAAAUCGAAAACUUCCCGUACCAUCUGUCACUGCGUCGUUCCGGUUCUCACUACUGUGGUGCGUCGGUUAUCUCCGAUCGAUGGGCUCUGUCGGCUGCUCAUUGCACUUAUCCCACUCCUGAUUUGGACAUUAUAACAUUACAAGCAGGCUCCAGCGAUCGUUUGGAGGGCGGUACUCUGUUCAGUGUUGAUCAGAUCAUAAACCACCCGAACUACGAUGAAAGCUAUAUAAAAAAUGAUGUUUCUCUUUUGCACAGUACUGCUGAUUUACAAGGUACUAACAUUGCACCGAUUACACUGGUUCCAGCGGGAACCGAUUAUCCAGAAGGCACCCGCGCUGUUGUGACUGGAUGGGGUCUGACGAGUGUACCCGGCUCUCUACCGGUCAUACUGCAGGUGGUUGAUAUUCCUGUUAUUGGCCAGGACACUUGUAUAGCCGGAUGGCCCAGUGGAUGGAUCACCGAUGAUAUGAUAUGUGCUAGCGAGCCUGGCCGUGAUGCUUGCAACGGUGACAGUGGCGGUCCGCUUGUUACUGGAGGGCGACAGAUCGGUAUUGUGUCCUGGGGUGACACCAACUGCGUAGGAAACGAACCAGGCGUUUAUGCUCGCGUUGCUCAUCCGCUGAUUCGUAACUGGAUUACAGAAGUUGCUGGAGUGUGAUAAUAGAUUUUAUUAGCACUUUCAGUUUAAUUGGUAUUUUUGCGUUGUAUUUUUCCACAUACAGACACUUGCUCGGUAUUUCGUAAUAACGAACAGUUUUUCUUGAAUUCUAAAUAUCACCGAAAAGUAAUCUAAAACACCAACAGGUUCACAAUCGACGAUGUUUCGGUUG